AUGUCGAUCAAUGUUUACUUCUCAACUGGUGGUGGUGGCGGCUGGAACGGCGGCGGUGGUGGCGGCUGGAACGGCGGCGGUGGUGGCGGCUGGAACGACGGCGGUGGUGGCCGCGGUCGUGGCGGACGCGGUGGUGGCGGACGCGGUGGUGGCGGACGCGGUCGUGGUGGCGGACGCGGUCGUGGUGGUCGUGGUGGUCGUGGCGGCCGCGGUCGUGGUGGUCGUGGCGGCCGCGGUCGUGGCAUUGUAAACGGCGGUGAAACGUUGCAGGAUAUAGCGCCCUCCAACAGACGCCAGCGUAAGUAUAUUUAUUAUUUAAUUAAAUUUCAAAGAGAUAAUAUUUAG